GAGAUGAAACGACUAGUAUUCCAGUGAAGGCCAGUGACCUGGGUGUCGCUCACUAGACUGAAGCGAACCUUACUUCAACAUCUGUUUUUCUGGUCACACAAAAGACAUGCAUGCUUAUCUGCAGGAUCAACUUUGUGAUCACUAGUUCCUAGUGAGUUCGCUUGAACUGUUCAACAUUACAGGCAGAAGAAUAGAAAAGGUGCUCGGGACCAUGAGACGGGGCCUGGGCGGCGAUCAGGCCGCAGCAAAGACUGUGGCGAUGCUGGGAUUGCCGUUGCUACUGCUCCUGGUGGCGAUCGACGCGAAUCACGGAGUGAGCGCGCAGGUGCAUUGUCCUCCGGGGUUCCUGUCCUGCUACGACGGAGAAUGCUUGCGACAGGCGAAGUUCUGCGACGGCCACCACGACUGCAAGGACGGGAGUGACGAGAAAGACUGCGAUGCACCGUGUCACCCACCAGACUACUUUCGCUGCAGAAAUGGCAAAUGUAUGUCUCACCUCUUCGUUUGCGACGGCGAGGAUGAAUGCGGCGACGGUUCUGACGAGAUCGACUGUACACAGAAGCCUCCCAUCACCCCCUGCAAAGAAGAAGAAUUCCGUUGUGCAGACAACCUCUGCGUACCAGCCCAUUGGAGAUGCGAUGGUCAAAAUGAUUGCUUAGAUGGUUCCGAUGAAACCUUAAAAUGCACUGAAGAGCAUCUGUUCCUUUGCGCCAACCAUCACUGCAUCCCCAGGGAAUGGCGUUGCGACGGCACUGACGACUGUUUGGACGGAAGCGACGAAUUGCGCUGUCGCGAUACGGCCAUCAACUCACCUGCCACCGAAAGGUGCCCCACUGAAAGAGGACUCUAUCCUUGUAGGGACGGCAAAACUUGUUCAGAACUGUCUGAAUUGUGCAACGGAGUGAAAGAUUGUCCUGAUGGAUCAGACGAGGGAUCUCUAUGUUCCUUCAGCAAACUGAAUUGUACCACAUUUGGAUGUGGUCAUCGCUGUGUACCAACUCCCGAUGGGCCUAUGUGCAUCUGCCCAAAAGGUUACACAAUCUCAAGAGGCAAAUUCUGCAAAGAUGUAAAUGAAUGCGAUGAAUAUGGAAUAUGCUCACAAAGAUGCAAAAACACACCUGGCAGUUAUCAAUGCCAAUGUGAUUUCUGGUACAACUUACAACUGGACAACAAAACCUGCAAAGUAACAGACCCAGAGCCUCUUCUACUUUUUUCUAUAAAAUCUGAAAUUAGAGCCAUGCAACUAAAAUCACAAACCUACUUCUCAAUUGCUAAAGAUCAAGAACAUAUUGCAGGUGUAGAUUAUGAUGGUUUGCAUGUGUAUUGGACAAGUAUUGAUCAUGGAGAAGAAUCAAUUAUACGCAGUGAUGAACAUGGAUCAAACAAGGAAGUGGUGGUUUCUUCAGGACUGAGUUUGCCAGAAGAUUUGGCAGUAGAUUGGUUAGCACAGAAUGUAUACUUCACAGAUUCAGAAGUAAAACAUAUAGGAGUUUGUACUACUAAUGGCAAAUUAUGCACUAGUUUAGUCAAUGAAGAUAUUGAUUCACCACGGUCAAUUGCCUUGUAUAUUGCAAAAGGUCUAAUGUUCUGGACUGACUGGGGUCGUGUUCCAAUGUUGGCUUCAGCUGGUAUGGAUGGAUCGUCACCUUAUGCUUUUGUUUCACAAAACAUUCACUGGCCAAGUGGCUUAGCUUUGGAUAUUCCUAAUGAAAGGGUCUACUGGGUGGAUGCAAAACUUGCUGUAGUAGAAUCCAUUAAAUUGGAUGGUACUGAUAGACGUACGGUGUUAAACGAAGUUAUAAAACAUCCCUUUGGUUUGGCUGUGUUUGAAGAAGAUCUAUACUGGUCAGACUUCAAAACUAGCGAGAUUCAGGCAUGCAACAAGUUCACUGGCAAAAAUAUCAGAAAAAUUGUUCACAGUAGAAAUAAUUACUUCUAUGGACUGAGUAUAUAUCAUCCUGCCUUACAGUCUCAGAAUCUAACAAACCCUUGUCAAGAUGAUCAGUGUUCAGAUAUAUGCCUACUUGCACCAAACAACUCCUAUUCCUGUGCAUGCCCAGAAAACAAGAUGCUAAAUGAAGACCAUCAUUCAUGCAGUGAAAUCAAAAAGUCUGAAGGACUUGCCAUUGGAAGUGGCAACAAAUUGCUCCUCCUCACACAUCAAGCAUUUGGGAAGCAAGACAUUGUCCAUUCAUCUUUAAGAUCUGUUUCAAAAAUAGGAGCUCUUGCUUAUGACAAAGUAAAAGAUAUGCUUUUCAUUAGCGACACUGAAAAGAAACAAAUUUUUACUCUGGAUGUGCAAGAGGAAGAGCUUACACCCAUAGUAACUCAUGAACUUGGUGAAGUCGUUUCAAUGGACUUCGAUUACUUGACUGACAAUCUCUACUGGUGUGAUAUUGAAAGAGAAGUCAUUGAAGCAAUGAGCAUGGCCACAAGGCAACGAAAGACCCUCUUCAGGACUUCAGGAAGAGAGAUUCCUUCCGCUUUGGUACUUGUACCAGAAAGUGGCAUCAUGUUCGUGGCUUUCAAGAAACCAACUGGAAAUAAAUGCCACAUCGACAAAAUGAACAUGGAUGGUACUGCAGGUGUAAUACAUUUAUUGGAAACUAACGUCUUGGGUCCGAUAACACUUGCUUUUGACCAACAACUAAAAGAAUUAUUCAUAGCAGAUGCCAGCAAAGGGUCAAUUGAAUCGUGUGAAAUGGACGGUUCCCAUCGUCACGGUCUUCAAACACUGUCAGAUAACCCAAGUUCAGUUGCAACUCUAGCGAAUGAUGUCUUCUGGACAAGCUUCCAAAGUUUGAAUCUAUAUUGGAGCAAAAUGUUCAACAAACAAGAUAAAAUUUUAUUAACAUCGCGGAGAGGAACUGUUAUGCCACCAGACCAUAAAUGUAGAACUGAUAAUGGUGGUUGCAGUGAUCUAUGCUUCACAUCUCUCAACUCAGCAGUUUGUGCAUGUGCUGAUGGUCUUGUUUUGCAAUCGAAUAACAAAACUUGUUCUACUCCUACACAUUGUGACAAUGGUAAAUACAGAUGUCAAAUGGACAACAUCUGCAUAUUAGCAGAACAAAGGUGUGAUGGUCACACAGAUUGUCCUUCUGGAGAAGAUGAGAACGACUGUCCUAAACAGUGCCGACCAGGAUAUUUCCGAUGUGCAAAUGGUCAUUGUAUUCCAUCUCAUCAGCAAUGUGAUGAUGAAGAACAAUGUACAGAUGGUUCUGAUGAAUACAAUUGCAAAACUGAAGAAUGUAAUAAAGAUGAAUUUAAAUGUACUUCAGGGGAAUGCAUCUUAAAGGUAUGGCUGUGUGAUUUCCAAGAAGAUUGCAAAGAUGGCUCAGAUGAACAAAAUUGUUUUGAAGAAACUUGCCAGCCAGGAAAAUUCAGAUGUAAAUCUGGGAACUGCAUUCCAGCAUCUUGGGAAUGUGAUCAUGAAUUAAAUUGUCCAGAUGGAUCUGAUGAACAUGAAAAUUGUCCAAAGCCUAAAUGUGCUCCAGAAGAUUUCACUUGUGGAAACCUACGGUGCAUAGACAUGCAUUUCAAAUGCAAUGGACAAGAUGACUGUGGUGAUGAAUCUGAUGAAAUAGGUUGCAAAGAUACUGAACCAAAUGCCCCUCAAAAAUGCAAAGAUAGUGAAUUCAGAUGCCCAAAAGAACGAAAUUUGUGCCUUCCACUAGAAGCAAGAUGCAAUGGUUCUUCAGAAUGUCCGAAAGGAGAAGAUGAACUGAACUGCGGUGGUUGUUCAAAGCAUGAAUUUUUGUGCGAUAUCAAUAGAUGUAUUGAUGAACUCUGGGUCUGUGAUGGAAUGAAAGAUUGUGAUGAUGGUUCAGAUGAAGAACAAAGACUUUGUGGUCGCAUCACAGGCAGCCCAGGGCCUUGUAACGAGUUUCGUUGUGACUCGGGAGAAUGUAUUGAGCUGUCAAAGGCAUGUGAUAAUAUUCCACAGUGCGCAGAUCAUUCGGAUGAAAGAGGACAAUGUGGUACUGCAUGCAACCAUGGAAACCCUUGUGAAGACAUUUGUAAUCCCACACCCAGUGGACCAGUUUGUUCUUGUCAUAAAGGUUUUUCCAUGAGAGCAGAGUCAACAAUAUGUAUUGAUGAUGAUGAAUGUUUACAAAAUGUAUGUUCCCAACUAUGUAAAAAUUCUCCUGGAAGUUUCCAGUGUUACUGUGCUGAAGGCUACUCUCUGAGGCUGGACAGGUUAUCUUGCAAAGCUGAAGGUGAAUUAGCAAAAGUCCUCUUUGUGGCCAAUGGUAACGAAAUUAGGAUGGCUCCUUACUCUUUGAAGAACAUUCACAUACUCCACCAUUACUCUGGAAUUAACAUUCUAGACAUUACUGUCAAUGUACCCAACAAAACAGUAUAUUGGACCUCAGGAAGAGGAGAUAUUUUCAUUACAUCUUUAUCUAAUAAAGUUACAACAUCGAUUUCUAACCUUGGUAACCCAGAAAAAAUAGCAGCAGACUGGAUUACAAACAAUGUCUAUUUUUCUGAUAGAAAUGGUGAUGAAACGUGGAUUAAGGUUUGCAACUUAAAUUCAAAAAAAUGUGCAAAAGUUCUUGAUGCACAACUAGGAUCUCAAAUUGGAAAUCUUGUAGUGGAUCCACUUGCUGGGUACAUAUUUUGGACUGAAAGGACAUUGGAUUUUGACACACCACAUGAAAUUAUAAAAAGGGCAGAAACUUCCGGUGAAAAUUCGGUCACCUUGGUGGAAGGUUCUUCUGUUAUAGAGGGUCUGACUUCAGAUCCAAUACACAGGUGGAUUUUCUGGUUGGACACCAAAGAAGGCAUAGUGGGUGCUGUAGGUUACCAUGGUGAAGGAAGACAUAUAGUCUUCAAUAAGGAAGCAAGAUAUGCUUCAGGUUUAGCAUUCUUUGAAGAUAGUUUGUACUGGAUUUCAACAGAACUGGGAAGACUGACGAAAUGCAAAGUAUUUGGCCAACCUAAGCUCUGUGAUUGGGUACAGCUAAAUUCAUAUAAUGUGCAAAACUUCCUUCUCAUUCAAGAACAGAUACAAAAAUUAGGGAACAAUCUUUGUAGUGAAACAUCUUGCUCCCAUAUCUGCAUCUCUGGUGCAACUCAUCCUAAAUGUCUCUGCCCUGAUGGAUCCCUUGUUGCAGAAAACUCACCUUGCAUGGUUGAUGAUACAUCAACUCUUGUAGUCUAUCCAACUGCUCAAUCAAGCAGUGAAACGGCAGCUUUCCCUGUAAUAGGAAUAGUCUUCAUCAUUUUAGUGAUGGGAGCACUUCUUCUAAUAUUAUACAUUUUCAGAAAAAGAAUUCACUUGACUCCUCCUGACAUUACUACAGGGGUAAGAUACAUCACCAGUACCUACAGUGCUUUUAGGAAAGGACCUCUUGAUACAGAUGCUGUUCCACAAAAGGAACUAGAGGUGGUGUCUUCUCAGUCACGGAAGGUACCACAACUUCACACAACUGGUCCAGACUCAACUGACCCUCUACAAUUCCAUCUCUCAGAUACAAGUGAUGGAGAGGAAGCAGACUUUCCUGUGAAAGACACCAGCAGACUAAUUCCUUAAUUCCUUAAUUCUUGUAACUUGUGCAAAUUAUACAAAUGUCAAUUUUGUAAAUUAUCAAAUAAACUUGUUAAUUCAA